AUGGCGGCCAGCAAUGACACCCGGGGGUGGAUUAUGAGCGCGGUCUCAGGAGCUGCUUGCAUCCUGGGCUCCUCGAUCAUCUGUGUCGAUCUGAUCGUACGCAAGUGUUCGAGUCGCAAGGACUUUGAUAUCACCAGCAACAAUGCCUUCCUGGCCGCCUCGAUGAGCCUCAGUGCUGGUGUGCUGCUCAUGUCGUCGCUCUACAGCAUGCUUCCUACAUCCAAGAACCACCUUACCCGCGCAGGAUUCUCCCCUGCAGCCUCAGCAUACAUACUGAUCGCCUUGUUUCUGGCGGGCGUGAUCGUCAUCCGCAUCGUCUCUGCCUUCCUUCAUCGCCACAUCCCCUCCAGCAUAGUGGAUUGCGAACAUACUCACAACCCAGAUCCAGAAGCAGGGGACCAUCAAGCGGAGGAGGUUCGCAACGUGAAAACGGACCCAGUACCGACGAUAAGUACCUUCGAUGGCAGCACAGAGCGCACACCUCUGCUCCAAAGACCCAAGCCACAGUCCUCCAUUUCGACACCACCAAUGAUGGAGAGGGGCAGCGAGGAUUCGGUAGCGGACAAUGAGCUGGGGAAACAAUCUCUCCGCCGCCGUUGGCAGCGACAGCUAGCGCAUCUGCUGGGUGGAACGAAGAGAUAUUGUGACGAAAAUGGUCCAUGCUAUGGAGUCUCUCAGAAAUGCGGGUCCGAGUGUACCAAGGUCAUUCGAAGAGUGCCAUCGCAGGAGGCGAGUCACUUGCCAGGGUCUCUCCAGGGACAUGUCCAUGUCCCGGCCGGACAACUGGAGUCAGAAAUCACCCCGGGAACACCACACAUGCCGCAGACACUCUGUCAUAUCCCGGAUGGGUCCUUGACCGCGUCCUCGGACAUGGACGCAGGUGCCGGUGAUGGCGACUGCUUCACUACUCGGUCAACGAUCCCGUCUGUCAGAAGUGCACGACCGAUCUCAACCAGAUCAAAUAGCAAGCCUGGGCCUGAGGAGCCUGAUCUUGUCACACCGCUUCUGGACCAGCAUGGGCAUCAUCUUCAUGCGGGUCAGCAUCACCAUCAUGUCCCGCAGAACGCCUUCCUGUCGAUCGGCCUGCAGACGUCACUGGCUAUUGCUUUGCAUAAAUUGCCCGAGGGCUUUAUCACCUACGCAACCAAUCAUGCCAGUCCCACGUUAGGUCUCACCGUGUUCAUCGCACUCUUUAUCCAUAACAUCACCGAGGGUUUCGCCAUGGCUCUGCCCCUCUACCUAGCCUUGAAUUCGCGCUGGAAAGCAAUCCUCUGGUCCUGCCUCCUAGGAGGCGUCAGUCAGCCCGCAGGCGCUGGGCUCGCCGCGCUGUGGAUCUGGGGUUACCGCAAAGCUGGUGGAGGCGGCGACGGAACCGCGUCCGGUACAUCCUGGGGAGUCUACGGCGGCAUGUUUGCCGCGACAGCUGGUGUCAUGACUUCAGUCGGAUUACAGCUCUUCAGCGAGGGUCUGGGACUGACCCAUAACCGAAAUAUGUGUAUUGGCUUCGCAAUCGCAGGCAUGGGCGUUUUGGGUGUCAGCUUUGCCUUGACGGCGUAA